UUCUAAUUAUGGUGGAAAUCACAUGAGCUAAAAAGGAUGGCAAAACAGGGAAAUGCCAUUUUACUUUAGGUUAUAAAAGAAGCUUUUUGGGUGUUUUGGAUAAUCUGUCAAGAAACAUAUUAGUAAGAGGCUAACUAACUAUAUAAAGCACAUAACUAGAGCUUAAGACAACACUUGCCGCCCAAGUUUAAAGGAAGCUAACAUCAAAGCUUAGCAGAGCUUCCUAGCAAAAGCAGCAGAGAAAAAGAAGCAACUCCCUAUUUCCACAGAAUAACGUGCUCCCAAAGAUCAUUUUCCUCUUUCUUUAUAACCAACUCUUCCUUCAUUUCUCUUGUACAACUCCACAUACCAAGGAUUUGAUCUUUAAUGCUACAACUGAACUUUUUUAUUUACUACCACAGCCAAAACUUUUUUCUUUUCAAAGCUUAUUCUUGUGCCAAACUCACCAACCCUUUAUUGCAUUAGUAGAAUUUAGCAUUGAUUUUCCAGGCUAGCCUAAUUCAGAAAUAUGGAUGGUGGCAAACCUGUAGGAGAUGGCGAUGGUAGCAUUUGUUUGCAGGUUGUUGAGCUUCGCAGGCUCAGCGAAACAUAUGGUUCGAGCGCCACUAUUUUUGAGCCUCGCAGUAGUAUUGAGAAGAGAGACAGCACUACAACUUCUGCUUCUCCAACAACACCGACAACACCAGGGAUACAUGCUCCAGAGCAGAAACUCACCCUCUUUGCUCUUCGCCUUGCAGUUUUUGAGAAGGCAGCUACUGGCCUGGGAACGCUUGGGUUUAUCUGGGCAACUGUUGUUCUUUUAGGUGGUUUUGCAAUCACUUUAGAUCCAACAGAUUUUUGGUUCAUUACAGUUAUAUUGUUGAUUGAAGGGACUCGAAUAUUCAGCAGGAGCCAUGAACUUGAAUGGCAACACCAAGCCACCUGGUCCAUUGCUGAUGCUGGAAUCAACAGUUUCCGUGCAAUAAGAUCUAGUUCACACUUUGUUAUCGAAGCUGUAAAAUCACUUUUCAGGUCAAUUAGUCUGGUCCGAAAGCAGAGUCAACAUAGCAGAGAAUUGACAGGAAGUUGUCAUUCAGCCAAUGCCAGGAAUUGGGAUUACCGAAGGAACACAACUCGGACAUGGACAAGCUCAGAUGUUCCUAUCCUACCAUAUGCUCGAUGGGUUUUCCUUUCAAGAAAUGUUAGCAAGCUUCUCUAUUGGCUACAACUUGCAUCUGCAACGGCUUGUGUAGCUCUAUCAUUGAUGAAGCUCAUCAUACAUAACUACGGUGAGGUAGCGAAAGGGGAUACUGACAAGAGAAACAGACGAGCUGCUCUGACUAUUUUCUAUGCCUUGGCUUUAGCAGAAGCUCUAUUGUUUCUGACGGAGAAAGCAUACUGGGAGUGGAAGGUGAUCUACUACAGACUGUUGGAGGAGGUGAACAGAGAAUGCGAAUUGGGGCCUUCAGGUAUGAUAUCAAUCAGAAGGUUCUUCUAUGAUGCUUAUUCUAAGUGCGUUAAUGGAAGCAUCUUUGAUGGCCUGAAAAUGGACUUGGUUGCUUUCGCCAUGGAUCUCUUGGAUUCAAAUUCCCCCGAUGAGCAGCUCAUUGGAGUUCAAAUUCUUCGACAAUUUUCAAUGAAUGGGAGGUUUUCAGAUGAUACCCUCCAGAAGAUUGGGACAAAUAUCUCAGUGAUAGAAAGAUUAGUUGAGAUGUUGAAUUGGAAAGACCCACAAGAAGAAGCUAUUAGGCGGUCAGCUGCAGAAAUACUAUCAGAGUUAGCAGGCAAAAAGCAGAACUCCCUACGAGUUGCUGGAAUUUCAGGUGCAAUGGAAUCGAUCUCAUCUCUGCUCCAAACCAAUAGGAGCUCCAACACCACAGCUGAUGAAAUUGGUGAAAAGAAAAUCAUUACCGAUCAUGCACAUUAUGGGUUCUGGACGUUCAAUCAUUUAGGACUUCUUAUCCUGAAGAAGCUAGCUCACGACCAUGACAAUUGUGGAAAGAUUGGUAACACAAGAGGCCUCCUACCAAAAAUCAUUGAUCUGACACAUGCUGGAGAGAGGAUGUUGAAUGAUGAAAGUCUUGCACAUUCUCAGAUUCUAACAGUAAAAAGAUCUCUACAAGUGGUGAAGAUGCUGGCAAGCACAACAGGAGCCACAGGUAGUCAUCUCCGAAGAGAGAUUUCAGAGGUAGUUUUUACCAUCAGCAACAUUAGAGAUAUCUUACGACAUGGAGAAAAACACCCAAUACUGCAAAAACUCAGCAUAGAAAUAUUAACCAAUUUAGCACUGGAAGCAGAUGCAACAGAGAGGAUUGGGGGCACAGGUGGAAUUCUUAAGGAGUUAUUCAACAUUUUCUUUAACCAUGGAGCACCUGAGAGUCCAAAUCAUGUAAAAACUGCAGCAGGAGAAGCUCUAGCAAUGCUGGCCUUAGAAAGCAGAAGUAAUUGCCAUCGCAUUUUGAAAUUGAAGGUGCUCGAGAAGCUCGUUGAAGCACUUGAGGAUCCAUUGCUUCGUGUGAAUGCUGCAAGGAUCCUGCGAAACUUGUGCGCCUACAGUGGUCCAGAUUGCUUCAGCCGCUUAAAGGAAGUCACUGCUUCAGUACCUACGGUGCUUAAGGCAAUUAGGUCAGAAGAGAACAAAUUGCAAGAAGUAAUGGUUGGACUAGCAGCAGAAGUUUUCAAGUUCUUAACUUCUGAAGAAUCAAGCAUAAUGUUUGAAAGGCCAGGAAUUAAAGAGGCUGAAUUAGCAAGCACAAUACUGCAGAUCCUCCAAAAAUAUGAAAAGCCGUCAACUAAAGUUCCAAGAAUACGGAGAUUUGCCAUAGAAUUGGCAAUCUGGAUGAUGCGACAAAAUAGAGCAAAUGUUCAUAUUCUCAGGGAUCUGGGGCUGGAGAAAGAACUGGAGCAUGUUUUAGAAACUACAGCAGAACUUGAAAGCUUCAACAUAUUCUCAGGAACAGUAGGGCUGAGCCGCCAUAGCACAACAAUUCACUCACUGAUUGAAACUGCACUUAAGUUGCUAGCAGAGAGUAAUAUCAGCACUCCCUAAUCACCAAAGCAGUCUGAACGUACAGUCUUGUAAAUGUGAAAUUACUAAGCUAAAAUUGAUUGUUUUUUCUCACAUUGAUGCAGCUGUGUAAGUUAUUAAAACGAUUGAAUUAAGUUAUUUACAUAUUUUACCAUUAA